GUUUAGAGGUUCCUGUAGCUUCUCUGGAUUUGCCGUGACGCGCAGCCUCGUCCUGUGUUUGGGUGCUUUACUCGGGUAUAGGAGAACCGUGGAGUACACAUAAACCAGCACUAGCUGUCCGGAGCGGAUCUUGAAGAUCAAGGCACACUAUGGAUGAAGAGGAACAGUUUGUUAACAUUGAUCUGAAUGAUGACAAUAUCUGCAGCGUCUGUAAGCUAGAGACAGAAACGGGGACCUUAUCUUUCUGCCACGUCUGCUUUGAACUCAGCAUUGAAGGUGUCUCCUCUGCUACCUUGUUGCACUCCAAGUCCCUGCGAGGCCACAGAGACUGCUUUGAGAAAUGUCAUCUCAUCGCCAACCAGAAGCUGUCACGAUCCAAGGUCUCCCGGAGUGCCUACGAGGGCAUGAAGCUGGCCCUCAGCCAGAAACUGAACCGCAUCAUUCAGUACGCCCAGAACAAAGACUCUGUCUCCUCCAGUGGCCCGAACAGACGGGGGGCUAAGCUUCUGUGUUACGGCCAGCAAAAUGACCGCAAGCUGCUCCCCCAGUCAGACGCCCAGGUGCCCCGCUACACGCCCUGCUGGGACACGGGCAAAUCAACAGGGCCGGCUGACUACACGAUGGGUAUGCUGGAGCGCCACACAGCCGAGGAGCUAGGACUGCUGCAGGAGUCGCAUUCUGACGUUUGGUCCAACGACAGCAGGAGAGGUCUUCACAGCCGGAAGCCAUCAGGAGGACAGCAGCGCGCGCACCAGGGUCACAGCAGAGAAGAGUUGACUGAAAUGAGUGUGGAUGAGCUCCAUCAGCUAAAUGCCCAGCUACUCCUGCAGAUUCAGAAGGUCUUUGAGGAGUUGACAGUUGCCGUGCAGGAGAAAGACUCGCUGGCAUCUGAGCUGCACGUGCGUCACAUUGCCAUCGAACAGCUCUUUAAAAAUUGCGCCAAGCUGCCCUGGCUGCACAUUAGCAGGGCCGGGGUCAAGGCCAGCAGCAGCACUGUGGAGUGAGGUGCUGGGAGGUGGCUUUUGAUUGGCUGCUGGGAGGAAACAGACGAACACUUCAGACUGCAGAAUGCAGAACAUGUAACCUGGAGGACACUAGAGCAACGUUAAGGGCUGGACUGACGUGGUGUUUGUUUUCAUGGUUGGAGUGAUGAUGCGAGGUUUAAAGGUGGUUUUCUGCUCUGAAUUCCAGCCGAACCGAGUUCACAUGAGAUGUUAGCAGCAGGUAAAAGGUUCCUGGGACUGGAUGAGGCUGUUUUUAAUGGACAAGAUCACGUUUUUAAUUUCAAAUAUGUUAUUAUUUUCAAAGACUGAAAAACGGUUUUAAAAAUGUUCCAAACACAUUUGUUAUCAUCAUACUUUUGUUUUAGUUUUCUGACACAUUUCAGUUUUACAGUGGAUUUUCCUUUCUUUUGUUUUGGAUUCUGAGAGUUUGAUUCUGUUUUUUGUUUGUUUGUUUUUUUGGAUGAUUUCAAAUGAACAGUGACCGUCCCAAUCAUACUAUAAGCCACUGCCAGCAGUUUGAUUAUUACCGGUAAUGUCAUGGAAAGCUCCAACAAGUUAGCAUCUACUGACAGUAUUAUGGGUUGAAAUGUCUAUUGUAAAGUUGACUACAGACUACGACCGUAACUGGCAAAGUUUCAAAUAGUUAUACGUGUCACUACAAGCAGUGGCAAGUACUUAUGUGUGUCUGCUUGCCACACUUAUUCCAAAUAAGACAUUAUGAAAAAUGGCUACGGGUCAUUUCUCAUCUGGAAAUGUGCACGAUGACACCAAGAGCAUCAGUUUGUAAAAGACAAAUCAGAGUAUCUGAAAUCCUAAAAGUGAAAACUCUUGAUUUAAUUCAGCUUCUGGGUUUAUUGGAACUAUUCUUGCUGACAGGAUUUGCUCACUGUAUAAUACAAAGCUGUGUUUUUUGCUUUUUAACCAUUGUGUAUGAGAGGCUAUGCACUGAAUGGAAGUGAACAGGCUGCCAAACCAAAGUUUCUAUUUGUUCUGUUUUGUGUGUGAAUUACAAACGUUUGAUUUUUGAACAGCUUUUGAAGCAAUUCGUUCCUGUGUGUAUUCAGCGUAUGUGUUCUUAUUUAUCUUCACUGUUACGUUGGCUUGCCCUCUCAUGUGUUAAAGAGCUAAGUUGAUGUCAUAGCAACACAUAUGGGAUAGUCUGCUGUACUGUGUGUCUCUGCAGGUCCCUAAACAAGUCAACGAGAGAUGUAGAGACAGUUUUUGAUUUAGUAUGUUCUUCAGGACCCUAUGCAAA